UAGAUGUAACACAACGUUCUUCCGGUUAGCUUCUUAAAAGUAAACUGUAGAAACGUGAUUGGCUUUUCUUUUCUUAUUAACUUAUUUUAACCAAUUAAUGUUUCGGGGAUAUUUUUAGUUUUAAGUUAGAUAUAAGUCUCUCUGAUGUUAACAUUAAUUUGCGCCAAAAUAUUCACUAUUUUGUAAUAUAGCCAUUAGCGACCCCGUAACCUUGGCGUCUUUUGCAUGAGGAGCAGAUUUUGCUUCACAUUUUAAUCAUGUCGGCUGUUUGUCGCACUUUAAACUUCCUGACAAUUAAGACCCUGAAAGAAGGAGCAGUUUUGUCGCCUUGCGGGUGGUUUGUGUCUGCACGCAGCAAAUUUUCCAAAACACGAAUUCCUAAUGAACAUUUCGCUGAGAGAUCCAAAGAGCAUGCAAAGUACGGGGGCAAUCCAGAGCAACCUCACAAACUGCAUAUAGUGACCCGGGUCAGAAGCGUGAUGCGAAGGCCCUACUGGGAGAAGGAUAUUGUGAAGUAUUUUGGACUUGAAAAGGCUCACAAGCCUGUAAUCCAUAAAAACACACCUUCAGUUAAUAACCAGCUGAAAAUUAUCAAGCACCUUGUAAGGAUACAGCCAUUGAAAACUCCACAUGGGCUCCCCGCUGAGGAGGACAUGGCCGACACGUACAUCAACAGCAAAGGAGAGCUGAUUGUGCGUCGCCUCCUCCAACCUGUCGACCAGAAGCCUAUUGAGUCGUAGUUCUGCUCUGCAAUAUUUGUUUCAAUUUCUAACUGUUAAUAAACAUAAAAUAACUGUUU